AUGUCCCUAUUCCAAGGCGUGGUCGGCGCCCAGAUCGAGCUGUCGCGGCUGGCGCGGCCGCAGGACAAGCUGCUGCGCCUGGGGCGCAUCAGCAGGAUCUUCCUAGAGGAGAUUCCACCUCAGCAGCAGCGCCAGCAGCAGCAGCAGCAGCAGCAGCAGCAGCAGCAGCAGCAGCAGCAGCAGCAGCAGCAGCAGCAGCAGCAGCAGGCGGCGGCAGCGGCGCAGUCGGAGCCUCGCAUCCACCGGGCCGUGCGCUACGCGACGCACGACGGCGCGGCGCCGCGCUGCACGCUUGACGUCUAUGUCCCGCCCGGCCUGGCGCCGGGCGCGCGCGCGUCGGCGCCGGUGGUGCUGUUCUGCCAUGGCGGCGUGUGGGCCGCGGGGGAGUCAUGGCACUAUGCCCCGAUGGCGUCAACCCUGGCCCGCCUGGGGGUUCUGGCCGCAGUCAUGCAGCCGCUGCGCAACAGACCCGCGCGGUAG